AUGGAACAGUUGUUAAGAGCUGUGGAUGACGUGAAAGAAAAUCUUUCAUUCAAUACCUUGAAUUCAAUCGAAACUUCAGUUAUCAAAUACUUGCAAUUAUUCACAACUGACUUCAACUCAUCCGAGUUUAUGGUCUAUUCGGCGAAACUAUUAAACCAAAGCUUAAGAGUAAUCGAGAAACAGAUUAAAUCACCGAAGAGUUCGUUAGAAACUGAGUUCAAGCUGUCGAUCACUUCCAUUGCUUUGAUGCAGACAUUAGUCAACUUAAACAGCACUCGUGUCUCGUAUUGGCUACAAGUCGUGAGAACACAUUUCGUGAUGGAAUCGUUGGCCAAUCUUCUGAUCUAUUUAAUUGAGAACAAACUCGGCGUUCAAUUGGCCGCUCAGAUAAUGUCACUGUUUGUGGAGUUGUCGUCAAUACAACUGUCUUCCGAAGCCUUAUAUCUAAUCGGUUUUGUCGAGAAUUUGUGUAUUUCUCUUCAAAAUUCUUACAUUUCUAGUGCUGAUAGUGUGGCCACAAAGAGUGAAAUCAAUUGGAUUAAUGUCUUCCAUUUGUCACUACAAAUGAUUACAAACUUAGUCAACCAAUUAAGACAUCAUUUCGUGGAUAUUGCCAUCACUUAUGUUGCCAUACAUUUGGAUCAUAUCACAGAUGUUUUGACUAAAGUUCGCACUAAACCCAAAACUGAAGACAUUCACGAGUCGAUACAAAUGAUCACUUUAUGUCACUCCCUAUCACUCUAUCAUAAAACCUGGAAAACAAAUCAUUUAUUUUCGUUUCAACAAAUCGAAGACCAGGUCCUGAAGACCAGCAAUUCUGUGAUUGCUUUUCUCAUUAGACCCAACUUCAUGUCAUAUUUAAUGGAAAAUCCCAACACUUCUGCCGCUCCUGUUGUGCCUUCAGAUACGGCGCCAAAGAGAGUGUCGCCGACCGCUGCCUUUGACGGCAAAACCCUUCGUAAAUCUGUUUCGUGGGAACAGGAGUUCACCAGUCAUUCAAUUGACCAAAAUCUUAUGGAUUCACUCUUUAAAUUUCAAGCCUUUUCUAUCGCUUUUCUGCAAAAUAUUUCUCCAAAUAUAUUGGAACUCAUGGAAAGACAAGGAUUUGAUGCCAACGAUUGGAAACUCAUACUAAACCUGAGUUUUUCGUCGCCUAAUAUUGACCCCAACCUAACCAAAGAGAAAGCACUGGAAUCUGAGAGACAGAGCCAACAGACAUCAGAGUUGGUGCCAUUCAUCUUCGAGACCAGUCUAUCAGUGAUAGUGUCUCAGGCAAUGGUCGCUCAGUUGUCGACAUCCAUUUCCGACGCCGACAAACAGAAGAUUGUUCGCGACGUUAAAGCACUAUUUUAUCCACUGUUGGUGGCGGUAGACAAAGACGAACCUCUCAGUCAUUGUCAGUACUGUCGAGUCCUAAAAGUCCGACCACUUCUCUAAUCGAGAGACCGUUUGUCAAGUUUUUGCUUCAAUUUGUCGAUAAAAUAUCGCAAUAAUUAUCAAUCAAACGGUAUAAUACAAUAUGUAAUACAAUACUGUAUUCUAUUAAAAUUCUGCUAUUUUUGAUUCCACUGCC